AUGAAUGCUGAGACGAGCGCAUUGAGGCCAUCGCCUGAUGUGCAACAGCAGUCCGCUGGGACGGAUCGUCCGGCAAAACGGCAACGACUCUCGCUGGCGUGCAACGAGUGUCGGAAAAGAAAGGUGAAAUGCGACUCAGUCACGCCAAAAUGCAAGAACUGCCAUUUUCGGGGGAUCGCAUGCGAAACGACUGAUCCAAAACACCCAGAGCUUACUGUUGUGCGCAAAUACGGCGAAAUGGCCAUUAAUACAGAUAAUGGAUCAUGGCGCCAGAAGUUCAUGGGCGGAAGCAGUCUCCAAAGUCUCACUAUGUUUCUGGACUUGUAUCUGCAGAGAGCAGGUUUGCCCAAGAUCGGACCCUGUUUCAAGCAUGGAAUGAGUUUUGCAGAAGAAUUCGUGCCCUCCCUGAGUUUACGACUGCCUGACCUUCCGCCAGCAUCGCUGACUGAUGCGUACUUGAAAGCGUACACCACGAAUAUCCACCCCUUGUUCCCUAUUCUGGAACCGGAUCAGCUGCACAGAGAUAUCCAGCGGAUUCGGGCAUAUCAAGAUGCGAGCUGGAGCCCCUCUUAUGGUUUUAGAGGACUCGAUGCCUUACUGGAAGCACACGAUGUUCCUGUACUUGCCUGUAUCUAUGGAGCGAUAAGCUUAGGGGCGGAUGAGGCAGCCGGUGAUCUGACGGAAACGGGAAACGACUUUCUUGCUGCCGCCCAUGGGUUAUACGCACAUCUCAUUGGACUUCCACAUCUGAGUAGCGUUCAAGCAUUACUAUUAAUCACAUUAGCGUUGCGAGCAAGAGGCAAAGAGGGCCAGGGGUUUCAGACACUAGGCUCGGCAGUGCGCAUCUCACACAGCAUCGGGUUGCACCGACAUGUCGCGGUAGCUAAGCGAAGUCAAAACCACGAAGAAUUCCAGUCUAGACGGCAAAAAAUUGAGCUCCAUGCCAGAGUGUGGUGGACCUGCUUUGGUCUUGAAAAGCUUAUGGAACUCGAGACUACCCGUCCUUCGGCUAUCUCACAUGCGCAACAUGAUAAUUUUGCACCAGAUGAAAUCUUCGCACCUAACUCACAGAACCAACUCAAGUAUUUCCUCCACUGGAUACUGCUUGCCCAAAUCUAUGAAAAAAUCAAUGAACUUUUAUAUCAGCGGAAGAGGAGCCAAGCCAGCACACUACAACUGCUUCAAAGUAUCGGUAGAAUUGAUUCUGCUCUUCGAGAAUGGAAGAGCAAUCUUCCCGAUGAUAUCCAACCGGAUGGGGAUAUCUACUGUUCUGAUGAAGAACGUCCACUUGCUAUAUCUCUGGCUCUCCAAUACCAUUCAACACUUAUCACGCUGCACCGAGCAUCUCUGGUGUUACCUCACAACCAGUUCAUGGAGGAAAUCAAGACAAAUUCUCAGCACCUGCCAUAUCAUCAGCGUCUCCGAAAGGGCCGCAAUCUUUGUACUGCAUCGGCAUGUGCUACUAUUAGGAUGAACGUUCAUAUGCCUGACAAAAGGAUACAAACACCUUCCUGCGCCCUCACACAGACGCUUACAGGAUGCGUUGUAUUGUCGUUAAGUAUCUUACGGCAUCCACAAUCUCGCACAGUCCGCACUGAUCUUGAGCUGCUUCGCAUGGGUACAGAGAUGGCAGAAGCUGAGUAUAAGCGGCUCGGCCAACACCCGAAGUUUUUCGAAGCUUGCUCAAUUAUCGAAAAGAAAAGACUUAGUAAACAAUAG